AUGUCAACGAACACUGAAUCUUCUUCUCUUCCUACUCAAAGGUUGUUAGGUAAAGUAGCAUUGAUAACUGGAGGAGCUACAGGGAUAGGAGAGAGCAUUGUUCGUUUAUUCCACAAGCACGGCGCUAAAGUCUGCAUUGUCGAUUUACAAGAUGAUCUCGGAGGUCAAGUAUGUAAAAGUCUGGUUUCCGAUGAGCCGGGGAAGACGGCGGUGGAGGUUUGUUUCAUCCAUGGUGAUGUUAGAGUAGAAGACGAUGUUAGCAAUGCGGUUGAUUUUGUAGUGAAGCGAUUCGGUACGCUUGAUAUACUUAUCAACAAUGCUGGACUAAGCGGAGCUCCGUGUUCUGAUAUUCGUAACAAUAGUUUGAGUGAAUUCGAAAUGACUUUUGAUGUGAAUGUGAAAGGAGCUUUCCUCGGGAUGAAACACGCAGCUCGUGUAAUGAUCCCUGAGAAGAAAGGGUCGAUAGUUUCGUUAUGUAGCGUGGGUGGUGUGGUGGGAGGCGUUGGUCCUCACGCUUAUGUCGGUUCCAAACACGCUGUUCUAGGCUUGACUAGGAGCGUUGCAGCCGAGCUUGGACAGCACGGGAUACGUGUGAACUGUGUUUCGCCUUAUGCGGUUGCAACCAAUCUCGCUUUGGCUCAUUUGCCUGAGGAAGAGAGAACCGAAGAUGCAUUCGUCGGGUUCAGGAGUUUUGCGGCUGCAAACGCGAAUCUGAAAGGUGUCGAAUUAACGGUUGAUGAUGUCGCGAACGCUGUUCUGUUUUUGGCGAGCGAUGAAUCGCGGUAUAUAAGCGGAGAUAAUCUGAUGAUUGAUGGAGGAUUCACUUGUACUAACCACUCUUUUAGAGUUUUCAGGUGA